CCCCCUUUCGCUUCGCUGCCAACGAACGCAACCCAACGGCCAGCGAGAGACAGGAAAUCUACAGCGAGAGAGAGGCAAGGCAUAGGAAGAACAGCUAUGGCGGCAACAGUGUCUCCUUGGGCCAAGCCCGGUGCCUGGGCGCUUGACUCCGAGCAACACGAGGCCGAGCUCCACCAACUACAACAGAACGAAAACCAGCCCAUCUCCGGAAUUCCAACCGAGCCUCUCGCCGAUUUUCCGUCCCUGUCCGCCGCGGCCGCCUCCAAGUCGAAGAAGAAGAAGAGCCAGACCAUCUCCCUCGCUGAGUUCACAGCCAAGCCAACCCAGCCGAGCUAUCAACAACAACAACCUCAGGGACUCACCCCCGAGGAGUUCCUGGCUCUCCCUACUGGUCCGCGUGAGCGCUCCGCCGAGGAGCUCGACCGCAACCGGCUCGGCGGAGGAUUCAGAUCCUACGGCUCAAACGGCUCUUACAAUAACAAUCGGUACUCCAGCGGCGACGACUCUUCCAAUUCUCGGUGGGGUUCAUCUAGGGUUUCUGAUGAGCCCCGCAGAAAUGGUUCAUUUAAUAGGGAUAGGGAAUCUGCGCCUUCUCGGGCCGACGAGAUUGACAAUUGGGCAGCGGAGAAGAAGUCGACCGUUGGUAGUAAUGGUUUUGAGAGGAGGGAGAGAGGUGGAGGGUUUUUCAAUUCGCAAUCUCGAGCGGAUGAUACGGACAACUGGGGAUCGAAUAAAGCCUUUGUGCCAUCGGCGGACGGACGGAGAUCUGGCGGGGAAAGAAAGGUGGGGUUCGCAUCCGAUGGUGGUGCUGAUUCGGAUAAUUGGGCGAAGAACAAGAAAGAGGUGAGUAGUGUAGGAGGGGCUGGAACUGAAAGGCCCAGGCUUAAUUUGCAGCCGAGGAGUCUACUUGCGGGUAAUGGGGACAAGCAAGAGGCGGCGGGGAUGGUUUCAAAGCCCUCACGGGGUUCAAAUCCGUUUGGGGAGGCAAGGCCGAGGGAGGAUGUUCUGGCAGAGAAAGGGAAGGAUUGGAAGAAGAUUGACGAGCAGCUGGAGGCCACGAAGAUGAAGGAGGUGGCAGAGAAGGCGGACGGAUCUUCCUCGUUUGGAAAGAGAGCUUUUGGGCUUGGCAACGGUCGGGCAGCGGGGGUGGAGGAUAAUCGAAUUUGGAGGAGACCAGGAUCGGUUGAAAGUCGUCCUCACAGUGCUGAAAAAAUUGAGAACAUUCCUGGUGAGGAAAAAUCAGGAGAGCUUAUAUGCGAUGCUGAAAUAUAACAAAGGCGUAGAAAACUCCAGAAGCUCUUGAUUAAUGGGAGGGCUUGUUUUCUUAGAUUUUUAUUCAGUUUUCUUAUUGUCUAUUUUUUAUAGGUGUUCUGCAAUGAAUGUCAUUACCGUUGAACAGUUUGAAGACAAUUUUGGUAGGCUUUAAGGUAGUGAGGCUAGUUCUGCUUAUAAUUUGUAGUACGUGUUGCAACUCAGCCAUUUUUGUUAUUCUCAUUAUUGUUACAAUA